UGAACCAAGUUCCAAGACAAGCCAAACAAUCUCCUAACCUUAUUUUAGAUUUUGUACUACUUUUUUCUGUGUGUUGUUGUUCAUCUGAACUGCCCGACUUAUAAAACUCCUCCAGGUUCCAAAAACUAAUUAUAAAAAAUGGCGUCCAUUUUAUCCUUCUCUACCAUUCCCACCCUUGGCUCCUCCUCCUCCUCUCGAGCUUUCUUUCCUUCUCGGCUAAGUUCGCUUUCUCUUAACCACCGUUCCAGUUUGUGCAAGUCUAUUGUAAAGUGCAGCUAUGCAGAAGCGGGCGUAGAAGAUGACUUCAGAUCCACAACAAUUGAUGUUGUGGCUGAUGUAAAGACCGAAAGGGUUGUAGUCCUAGGAGGUAGUGGUUUUGUGGGUUCUGCCAUAUGCAAGGCUGCUGUGUCCAAGGGCAUAGAAGUUAUAAGCUUAAGCAGGUCAGGGCGCCCUACUUACCCUGGUUCAUGGAUAGAUCAGGUUACUUGGAUACCAGGAGAUGUUUUCUAUACAAACUGGGAUGAGAUACUAUUUGGGGCCACUGCAGUUGUUUCAACAAUUGGAGGUUUUGGUAGCGAGGAGCAGAUGCAAAGAAUUAAUGGCGAGGCUAACAUUGUUUCUGUCAAUGCUGCCAAAGAAUUUGGAAUUCCCAAGUUUAUCUUCAUCUCAGUGCAUGAUUACAAUCUACCAUCAUUUGUACUGUCAACUGGAUACUUCACAGGAAAGAGGAAGGCAGAGUCAGAGGUUCUCUCCAAAUAUCCUAAUUCGGGUGUAGUGUUAAGACCUGGUUUCAUCUAUGGAAAAAGGAGGGUUGAUGGUUUUGAGAUUCCUCUGGAUUUGAUUGGGCAACCAGCAGAGAGAAUUCUCAGUGCUAUUGAGAACUUCACCAAACCCUUAAGUUCCCUUCCAGCAUCGGAUCUCCUGUUGGCACCACCUGUUAAUGUUGAUGAUCUUGCGCUUGCUGUAGUAAAUGCAGUGACAGAUGAUGACUUCUUCGGUGUAUUCACAAUUGAACAAAUCAAGGAAGCUGCAGCAAAGGUGAAAGUGUGAAUUGAUUUCCAGAGCAAGAAAGAGAAGAUUAUUCAAAACCAACACAUCUACUAACAAAUGCCUUUUACCUCAACUUUGCCUGAAUUAAAUAUAUACAAAACCAAGUGUUAUCCACAAAUGUGAUAUUUUCCAUGGAUGGAUUAGCUGUAAUGAUAUGCUCAAAUUUCCUCCACAAGCACAAGUGAAUACACAAACAAUUCUGAAUUC